AUGACAAAUCUUCACGCCGAUGACCGGGAACCUGAACCGGUCAUCUCCUCACUUCAACCCGAUGCUGAAUGGAAGAAUAUUCAAUUGAACACAUUCACGCGAUGGGUGAAUAAUCACUUGAAGAAAGUCCCCGACGAGAUACACCAUCUUGAAAGUGAUUUCUCUGACGGUCUCAAAUUGAUUAAAUUGGUUGAAGUGUUAUCACAGAGACAUGUCGGUCGAUACAGUGCCCAGGUGAAAUUCCGUCAUCAGAAGCUCGAGAACGUGUCAGUGGCGUUGAAUUUUCUCCAAAACGAUGAAGGAAUAAAGAUUGUGAAUAUUGAUUCUUCUCACAUUGUCGACAUGAACAAGAAAUUGAUCCUAGGAUUGAUUUGGACUCUCAUCUUACACUAUUCAAUCUCAAUUCAUAUGGAGGAAGAUGAGCGACCAGCUGGUGAGCCAGACAAAACCCCGAAACAGCGAUUGCUUCAAUGGAUUCGAAGGAAAUUGCCUGACGAUGUGCCAGUGACGAAUUUCACUUAUGAUUGGAAUGAUGGCUUGGCGUUGGGUGGCUUGGUGAACUCAAUCUCGCCUGACUCUGUGUCAGAUUGGCGAAACUGGGAACCAGAUGAGGCGCUGGAUAACACGCGAAGAGCCAUGACUGCUGCUGCACAAGAACUCGGAGUGGCCCCUUUAAUCACCCCAGAAGAAUUAAUCAAUCCAAAUGUUGACGAGAAAUCUGUGAUGACUUACUUGGCACAGUUUCCCCAGGUAAAACCACCGAUGAGGAAGGGGAAAUUGCAUGGAGUUGAGGUGACAGCGAUCGCUGGACGAGCCGCCGAUUUUCAUGUGAUCAUGCCAACAGAUGAGCAUAAACCAAAGCUCUCGAUCCAAGACGAGCACGGUCAGGACAUUCACUUCACUGUGAACAAGAUCCCAGCCACGUGCAACUACAAUGUCAAGUACACGCCUGAGAAAGUCGGAACGGCAAAGAUUUCCCUCUUCACCACAUCGAUUCUCAGCGGUGAGAGUGUGGCGAGUGAUUCAGCUGAAGUUCGAGUGAUUGAAGGAGCAAGGAUGCUAGACUUUGGAGGAUCCGGAAAGGUUCAAGUGCUGAAUGCGGGUGAACCAAUCGGUCAAACUCCGUACGAGGUCUCUGUCAGUCCAACUUCGAAAUCUCCAGUGCGCGCGUUCGGACCCGGUUUAGAAGGUGGAAUUGCGCAACAACCGAAUCUCUUCUAUGUGAAUACACACGGCGAUAGUGAUGCUUUGGCUUUCACCAUCGAAGGACCGAGCAAAACGGCGAUCGAGUGCGCUGAUCGAGGACAGGGACAAGCGCUUGUCGAGUAUACGCCAAAAGAAAGUGGUGUCUACAAGAUCAACAUCCUCUCCAAAGGCGAGCACAUUCGCGACAGUCCUUUCGUCGUCUGGGUUGACCCAGCGAACCAAUCGAUUCGACCAUCAGCUGUUCGAGUGACGGGACUCGAGACGAAAAAAGCGACAAAAGGAGAGAAGACAACUUUCCGGAUUGACACGAAAAAUGCUGGUGCCGAUCUUCUUCCCCAAGUGAGUGUGGUCGAUGGAAAGUACGGACAAAUCAUUCCAUCAAUGCGAGAGGGAGUGGAAGGACCGGUGGUCAGCCAACAACCCACUCAUUUCACUAUUGACGCUAAACAGGCUGGACCAGGCGCUGUUGAGGUAGCUCUUGCGGAUCGCGACGGUCGAGCGGUGGACAUUGACGUACUCGACAAUCAAGACGGAUCAUUCACUGUCAAGUACACUGCACCAAGACCAGGCGCAUAUCAGUUAAACGUUGUGUUCGCUGGUGUUGACGGUCCACCGAUUGAGAUCAAUGUGAAACCGCAUGUGGAUCGAGGUGGAAUUCGAGUGGAAGGACUUGAGAAUGCUGAUGUUCUCACCGGUUAUUUGGCAAAAGUUAAAGUUGAUACGGGAAAGACUGAAGCGCAGACAAAAGGAUUGCAAUUCAUUGCGACAUUGCCAAAUGAGAAACGAGUGUUGAUUCCGUGUGAGAAACUCAAUGGAAAGUAUGAGGCACAAUUCAUCGCUAAUGAUAUUGGAGAGACGAAACUUGAGUUGCUUUUUGACGAGAUUCCGAUUGAAGAGGCGUUUCUUCGUGUACAUCAAGGACAAGAUGCGUCAAAGUGUUGUGCAAAUGGACCUGGAUUGGAAAAAGCGAUUGUCGGAGAGAAGGCCACGUUUCAAAUUGAUACACAGGGCGCAGGCGAUGGUGCACUCGCGUUGGAGAUCAGCGGCCCAAUGGAAGCAGAGACGCAAGUAACAGAUUUCCAGAAUGGAUCGUGCAAAGUCGAUUACAUCACGAAAGAACCCGGCGCUUAUCAAAUCGCGAUCUUGUAUGGAGAGGAGAAAAAGCAUAUACCAGGCUCACCCUUUAUGGCAUUCGCUGACUACAAGAAAGACAAUAGUAAGAUCAAGGUUGAGCUGCCAGACAAUGGAAAGCAUCGUCUUGGCGCGACAAGUGCAAUUGUGGUUGAUGCCUCAAAAACAGCUGCCGGAGAGGUGACAGCAAGAUUUCCACCAGAUCAAAACCAACCCAGUGUCGUGAGUCUGAGCAGUCGUCGGGGUGUAAAUGUGGUGGAAAUUGAACCACACGGGAAACCGGGUGACAUCAUUCCAUUAGAGAUUUCAUAUGAUGGAGAACCAUUGAAAGAAAGCCCAUUCUUGAUACACUUGGUCGCCUCUUGUGAGCCACAAAAAGCACAUUUGGAAGCAACUAGAGAUGGAAGUGUUGUCUCUGCUGGAUCAGAUGCCUAUCUACAAUUGAAUACGAAUGAUUGUGGUCAAGUGAAAAAAGUUGCGACUGCAAUCACUGGACCUGAUGGUCACUCUCGUCAUUGUACAAUCGAAGAAAUUGGUGAUCGGCUUCAUUCAAUCCAUUUCCCCACCGAUCUAGCCGGAGUUUAUGCAGUGGAUGCACUUGUGAAUGGGGAAAAGAUAUCGGAAAGACCGUUGAGAAUACACGCGAGACCUGUGGGCAAUGUAGAGAAUGCGAGAGUGAAGGUGCGUCCAAUUGAUGAUGAAUGGUUGUUGGGUGAGGAUAAGUUCCUAAUAAUCGAGCGAGAUGAAGACGAGCUUGAGGCUCAUCUCUCACUUCUCAAAUCUCAUCCAGAAGCGCUUAUGGCCGAGAUCAUUCAGAAGAGAGUUGACGGGAAAAUUCAGGACCACGUUCGUUUGCGUGCACUUGAAGCCGGGAAACAGAGUGUGAAUGUCGUUUAUGGCGGUGAUUUGUUGCCCGAUGGAACUGUGACUUUUGAGGCGGUUACCCAAUUGAGUCGUGCCGUCAUUUCACCGCAAACCGGCAAAGAAAACAUCGAUCAGAUUGAGCUCGAUCGUCAAUCCGAACUUCAAACAGAGGCUCAAAAAAGGGAGCCGUUUUUGUCGAAUUCCUCGGAAAAGUACUCGUUUUUGAGCGAACAACGAGCGCUGCGCGGUGACCUCCCGCCAUCACCCUCAAAACUAGCUUCGAUCAGACGAGCCUCAUCCACUUCGAAUCAGGGAAGAGACAGCGCCAUCGAGGCCAACGAGAGAAGAUAUUACGGCUUAUCUGAGCAAUCACCUGAGCUGAAAGAGCGCGAGUUUAACUUCAAUUUCGACAAAGCGCAAAUCAACAGCGAUCUUUUGAAAGCUCAGGUAUCAACACCAAUGGGAAUGAGAGACGAGGCUCAAAUUAUCGACAACCAUGACGGCACAGUUCUCGUCAAAUACGCUCCGAAAACCCCGGGACCACACGAGUUAACCAUUCUGCACGAUGGAGCUAUUUUGCAGGGAACUCCAAUCAAAUUCUUUGUUGACUCUUUCGAUUCGGGACAUGCCACCGUUUAUGGACCCGGUUUACAACAAGCGAUUGUUGGAGAGUCGGCUCAGUUCACCGUCUCAGCAAAGGGAUCACAUGCAAAAGAGCUCUCUGUGAGCAUCGAAGGAGCCGCUCAAGCGAAUAUCAAGAUUCACGAUAAUAAAGAUGGCACAUGUUCGGUCUCAUGGAUUCCACCAGUUGUUGGCGACUAUAAAGUUCAUGUGAAGUUGGGUGGACGAGAUGUGAAAGAUUCUCCAUUUCACGUGCAAGCACACGCAAAAGAUGGUCACAAAAACGCUCAUUUACAACUUGGAUCCACGUCCGAGAAAGCCGGUGAAUUUGCGUUACCCCAGAUAGCUUUGAACAUUUCGGAGUCAGAGUUGAGCGGAGUGACGGCAACGAUUAAAUCACCAUCGGGACAUGUGGAACCGUGCUUUGUGCGAGCGCUAGAGGGCGGAAGAUUGGGAGUCUCUUUCACUCCCCGUGAAGCCGGUGAGCAUCUCAUCAAAGUGUUCCGCGACGGGAAACCAAUACCGAAAGGACCCUUCAAGAUUAAAGUGGAUAAAAGCCAAAUCGGUGAUGCGGCUAAGGUGGAGGUGAGAGGUGAGGGAAAACACAAUGCGGUCACCAAUCAAGACAACGAGAUCCUCGUGGACACGAGUAAAGCUGGUUAUGGUGGUCUCUCCGUCUCAGUGCAGGGUCCAUCGAAAGCCGAGCUGAAAUGCAAAGAGGUUAAACCGGGUCUAAUCGCUGUCCACUAUCGACCGACCGAAGCUGGAAAAUACACAGUGAAUAUCAAAUUCGCUGAGCAACACGUUAAAGAAAGCCCACUUUCUGUUGUUUGCACUGAUCGAGUAAGUCAAACGGCUACGGAAAUCGAGAGAGAAACAACAAAGCCAUCGAUCGCUGCUGUGGGUCGUGAGGCGAACAUUUACCUCAAACUGUCGCACACCGUUGAGAACGAUAUGAGUGCUCGCUUGGUGAAUCCACACGGUGAAGAGGUGCCUGUCUCAAUUCACGAUACCGAUCAACACGUCAAUGGGUCACCCUUCAACUUUACUGUUGGACAUUUGGCUGAUGGUGGAGCGCACAAGGUGAAAGCCUCUGGAAUGGGAGUGGUGAGAGGAGAAGUUGGAGUGCCAAAUGCUUUCAAUAUCUAUACAAGAGAGGCUGGCGCUGGCAAGUUGUCUGUGAGUGUUGAAGGGCCAGCAAAGGCAAAGAUGCACUUCAGUGAUCAUAAGGACGGGAAUUGUCAUGCCGAGUACACGGUGGGCGAGCCAGGCGAGUACUCUGUCGCGGUCAAGUUCAACGAUGAGCACAUUGCUGAAUCGCCUUUCAAAGUAUUCAUGGUUCCAUCUGGAGAGGGUCAUCGACAUGGUCUUUCCUCUUAUCGUCACUCGGAACAUCGAGUUGUGGCUAAGGGCACCGGGCUGAACAAGUUCACCCCAGGGGUCGCCUCGUCGUUCAACAUUGAUACGGGGCUGGCUGGGACAAAUCUGCUGAUGGUCGGUGUUGUGACAUCAAAGGGACCAUGCGAGGAGGUGGUCGUCAAACACAUGGGAGCUGGGCAUUAUGUGGUCAACUACAAGAUUCACGACAGUGUGCGUGGCUUCAUCUUCGUCAAAAGUGAACACAAAUGGCUGAACAAAGCGACAGUGAGGGGUGAAUGGAUCAAUCAAGAUGACAAUGAUGAUGCAUCACCAGAAGAAACGGAAAACGAGCGAGAAGAUGAUGAGGCAAUAGAGAAUGGUUUCCAGCUUGGGAAUGAGCCCGAGGCUAUUCCGAUUUUACCGCCCGCCAUUGCGGUUCACCGAGCACGUGUAAACGUUGCAGCUCACCUGCGAGAACGAUUCGCCGAUCGAGGUCGUGGAGCUUUGGUUGGUCGAGAGUCUUCAAGCUCGUCAUCUAGUUCAGAUGGAGAAAGCUCGGAACAUGAACCGCAACACAUAAAUGUUAAGGAUGCCAUAAACCAUGAGUAUUUGUUUACACGUCGAACUCGUCGCCGAGAAGGUCAAGUUGGUGAAGUCCUUGAUCUCGCGAUGCCUUCCGAGACGAUUGUUGCUGAAAUGAUAAUGGAAUUGCCAAUGUUGCGGAUCAGCCAAGAUUGCUUUCCGAUGCCAAAUCAACGCAUCCCGUUGUUGCUUUAUCAUCCGAAUGACAGUGGCCACUGC